AUGCGUCCUGCGCGCGCGUUCAGCCCACCGUGGCUCCUUCAACUUAUAUCGCUAACCGUUAUUACGGUGGCUUCCGCUAAAUAUCAGGGUACAUUGAUAUGUCAACAACCUCAUACAAGGAUUUGUAUGACCUGGUUCAUACAAUCGGAUGAAUGUCAAAACCAUAAAAAUUUGGAGACUCCUACUUCUAUCAGAAUACAAGAAAAUUGUGGUUUCAGCUGGAAGCCAGCUUUAACACCGCAGCAUAAAUUUUUUAAGGUAUUGAGCCUUAGUAAAACAAAAUCAUGGAAAAGGUUACACUGUAAAAGAAUAAUUAUGAUCGGUAUGUUCUUGGACUGGAAAGAGAUAAGCUAUGCAUUGGGUGAUACAGUAAGAGUUCGGCGACAAACUUUUGUUCCCAAAGGAAGAUAUCGUGGACAAACACAAUCACAAUAUUUAGCAAUUGAUGGGGGAAGUGGCAAAGAAGAGGGCAAAGCUGAGGCGCAUUCUGCUGCAGACUCAUCUAGAGCAAGUGUCAGUGGAAAUAGCGGUAUGGGACAAGCUCAAAGUCAAUCAAUUUACGAUCCUAAUUGCGAAGAUUGCUUUUCUGCCAGAGAAGGUAAAGAUGAAGCAGAAAACCUUAAACAUCCAGGAAUUACCAGACCUGGAGGGAAUAGGUUUGGAAUAAGUAAUGAAUGGCCCGGUGUCAAUCAAGGAAAGUAUAUCCCAGACCAAAAUAUUUACAAUCCUAUAGGUGUUUCUCACUUAUCUGGACCGCAAGGGCCAAGUUAUUAUGGACCUAGCUCAAGAACUGAUGGUUAUGGUCCAACAGGAUCGAAUGAAAAAGGAGGUUAUGGUCCAAAUGGAAAUUAUGGAUCACCCGGAGGGUACAAUAAAAAUCAAUACCAAGGAAAACAACCUGGGUACAAUUACAAUAGACCUGGAAAUGAAGUUGGGAGUAAUUACAUCCCUGAUGGAAAUAAUGGUUAUGUGGAACCAAACAGAAAUGCAGUUAACAAUAUCUAUAUGCCUCCUAGGGGUUCUAAGGAGAUAGGAACAUUACCAGGGCAGAGAAUAACACCGGGACAAGGAAUGGGACCUGGACAGAGUAUAGGACCUGGUCAAGGAAUGGGACCUGGACAAGGAGUAGGACCAGGACAGGGAAUGGGACCAGGACAGGGAAUGGGGCCUGGACAAGGAAUGGGGCCUGGACAAGGAAUGGGGCCUGGACAAGGAAUAGGACCAGGCCAGGGAAUGGGGCCUGGACAAGGAAUGGGGCCUGGACAAGGAGUAGGACCAGGGCAGGGAAUUGGGCCUGGACAAGGUGUGGGGCCUGGACAAGGAAUGGGGCCUGGGCAAGGAAUGGGUCCUGGACAAAGUGUGGGGCCUGGACAAGGAAUGGGGUCUGAACAAGGAAUGGGGCCUAGACAAGGAGUAGGACCAGGGCAGGGAAUUGGGCCUGGACAAGGAAUUGGGCCUGGACAAGGAGUAGGACCAGGGCAGGGAAUUGGGCCUGGACAAGGUGUGGGGCCUGGACAAGGAAUGGGGCCUGGACAAGGAAUGGGGCCUGGACAAGGAAUGGGGCCUGGACAAGGAAUGGGGCCUGGACAAGGAGUAGGACCAGGGCAGGGAAUUGGGCCUGGACAAGGUGUGGGGCCUGGACAAGGAAUGGGGCCUGGACAAGGAAUGGGGCCUGGACAAGGAAUGGGGCCUGGACAAGGAAUGGUGCCUGGACAAGGAAUGGGGCCUGGACAAGGAAUUGGGCCUGGACAAGGAGUAGGACCAGGGCAGGGAAUUGGGCCUGGACAAGGUGUGGGGCCUGGACAAGGAAUGGGGCCUGGACAAGGAGUAGGACCAGGGCAGGGAAUUGGGCCUGGACAAGGAAUGGGGCCUGGACAAGGAGUAGGACCAGGGCAGGGAAUGGGGCCUGGACAAGGAGUAGGACCAGGGCAGGGAAUGGGGCCUGGACAAGGAGUAGGACCAGGGCAGGGAAUUGGGCCUGGACAAGGUGUGGGGCCUGGUCAAGGAAUGGUGCCUGGACAAGGAAUGGGGCCUGGACAAGGAAUGGGGACUGGACAGGGAGUGGGACCAGGGCAAGGAAUGGGGCCUGGACAAGGAAUGGGGCCUGGACAAGGAAUGGGGCCUGGACAAGGAAUGGGGCCUGGGCCAGGUAUGGGACCUGGACAUGGAAUUGGAUCAGGGCAAGGAAUGAGACCUGGACAAGGAGUGAGACCUGGACAAGGUAUGGGACCUGGACAAGGUCUGGGACCUGGACAAGGUCUGGGACCUGAACAAGGUCUGGGACCUGGACAGGGAAUGGGGCCUGGACAGGGAGUAGGACCAGGACAAGGAAUGGGACCUGGACAAGGUGUGGGUUCUGUACAAGGAGUAGGACCUAGUCAGGGUAUGAUCCCUGGACAGUUAAUGGGGCCUGGUCAGGGAGUCGGACCUAGACAGGACACAAAUAAAAGCCCAGGACAAGGGCCUUCUGGAUUUGGUGGAUACGAGCCUCAACAAUUUGGACCUUAUCGUAAUAAUGUAGGAAAUAACUACAUACCUCAGCAAAAUAACCUAGCAAAUUGGCCUAUAGCAUCUGGUCCAUACGCGGGCCCCGGAGGAAAUAAUUAUUACUGUUGUUUUGUGCCUAACUCAGGAGCCACUGGUAAUUUACAUACUAAUAAUUACGGAGAGAUACCGAAUGGACAAUUAGGAGGUGUUAUCAAUGGGCAAUAUGGGACAGGUACUGGACGGAAUCAACCAAAUAUACCUGGUCAAUAUCAGCCAGGAGUAGGUUCCACACAAAUAUCUUCACCGAAUAGUCAUAUAGGCGAAAAUUCAAAUAUACCCUCGUCUAUCACACAGUACGGUACGGAAGUAGAUAAAAGCACGUCUCCUGGAGGACAAUCGGGAGGUACUUUCAAUAACGGCAUUCAACCUAACAACUAUGGGAGUAAUUCCCGAGGAUUAAUGCCCGAUGGACGUUUAGAUAUUAAUAAGCUCACUAACCCGAAUAAAGGAAGUCAGUACGGCCCCGGUUCAAACACAUACAACUUACCAAAUGGAAAAGUAGGGAUUGGUUCUGGGUCCCCUGGUUUAUAUGAUAGAAAUAUAGGAAAUUUACCAAACCAACAAUAUGGAACAAUAAACACUAACCAACCCUCGUCACCUGGGGGACAAUAUUACGGGAAUUCAAAUGUUCCAGACAGUCAGUACAAUUCAGGGAUGGGAGUAAGGCCUAGUCAAUACAAUGGAGCAAGCAAUCCCUCUUUACCUUACGGAACUGGAAAUCCUACUUUGCAAAAUAUACCUGGCGGCCAAAUUGGUACUGGAACUUAUGGUGUCCCACACCAAACUGAUACUCAAUAUGGGCCUAGUAACAACGGGGGCAUUUCUUUACCUGGACAAGAAUAUGGUAAAACUCCAGGUAGCAAUUCAUAUGGUACAGACAAUGCUCUCCAACAGAAACCGCACACUUCCGGCAGACCAAACGGACCUGACGCAACUAAUACUGGAAUUGUACCUGGAAGCCAGUUCGGAGGAGGUAAUUUAGGUGGUCCUGACAGCCCUUACGGAUUAGGAAAAACAACAAUGAAUCAAGUUCCAACAGAAUUUUCAGGAGGACCUCACAUCCAAGGACAACCAUAUGGGUCUAAUAUCGGAAACGGGCCAAACUACGGUAUGGUCAAUACACCUUAUAAUAGUAAUGGACCAAGUGGAUCCUAUCACGGUAAUAAUGUAGGACAAGACAAAUCCUAUAAUAAUAAUGGCAUCCCAGAUGGCGGACGUGGUGCUCCAAAUGGACCGUACAAUCAAGAAGGGAGAGGCGUACAAAAUCCUGAGUACGGCGGAGUACCACAAAACUACAUAAAUCCCAAUACUAUUGACGGAGACGACUCAGAAGCAGAAGCUAGUGUUGCUCAAGGCGUAAAUGGUACUGUUGCAAGUGCUUCAUCUAAAGGAGGUAAUGACAAAGGUCGAGCCCAAACAAACGUGCAUGGUACUUACACUGGCACCGGAUCAUUCCAAGCACAAGCACAAAUUACUGGUGAAAAUAAAGAAGCUCAAAGUGAAGUAAGUGGAGGGAAAAAAGGAGCUUCAAGUACGGCAACAGGCAGUGGAAGAAAUAAUAAAUCACAGGCGAGUGUUCAACUUGGUUCUGAAACAGGCUCAGUCCAAACACAAUCGCAGAGUAAUGGUGUGAUGCAUUCUUCAAAUUCUCAAGUACAAGGAAGUGUAAAAGGUGGUAUGGCAGAUGCUCAAGCUAGAGGUCCAGGAAGCACCUCGUCUCAAGCACAAAUCGGUUUCACACCAUACAAAGAUAAAGAUAAGUUCAAUCACGAUCUUCAAAAGACACCUUUUGCAGGCGGAGGAGUUGCAUCUGCACAGUCUAGUGGCCGCACUGGUCAAUCACAAUCACAACUUCACGGCACUUUUAAGUACGGCAUAACAUAUAAUGGAGCCGCGCAAUCAGGUGCCAGCCUUGACAAAGAUGCUGUGUUCCCAAAUAGAUUAUCUUUUGAUAAAAUAAAUGUCUUUGAUGAAAAUGAAAAAAACAUUAAUGUUGAUAUUACCGAAGUACCGCAAUCUCUAAAUACUGAAACAUCACCCAAUGUAGAACCUUCAUCUACACCUGACGCGUACUUUCCUACAAAUGAAGAGGAGUUAACCACAACAGAAAAUGUUUUGGAUGAAACAAAUAAUUCCGAUAUUAGCUAUUCUACCCAUACACAUUCGGAUCAUCACAAAACCGAUUAUUCCGACCAAGUAACACCAAGUGGACCAACAUUAUCGGGUAGCAAAAAAUCUUUUUCAACCAGUUUUAAUUCAGGUACAGACUAUGAAUUAACAACUGACAAAGAAGAGUUGCCACCUGAUAACUAUGACACGGAAGGCAGCUUUGAAGGUAAUGUAGAACCUGAAGUAGAUCAAAGCGAAUAUUCUAACUAUGAUGAAUAUACAAGAGAAGCUCCAACUCACCAAUCUCUUCUAAGUUCUAAUAGAAAACCAUUAGAUGUAAAGCAAUCAUCGGGGGGAAAUACCCAGCACAUUGUCAUAGGGUCCCUAAAAAAUCAUGAUGCUGAAAUCAUUCAAAAGAAUUCCGAACGUCCAGAUGAGAAUAGGGUAUAUCAACCAGGCGAGCGAGUACCUGGUACUGGUGGAUAUACCAUACCGUUAGGAUUUACAGGGAGCGUUAAAUCAGUGGCAUCUAAAGACAAAACUUAUGUCGUGGGUUCUAGGGAUUCCCCAUCUCAAGCACAAACAGUAACAUUAACCCCAGGCAUGGGUAAAGUAAGAUAUAAUAUGUAUCCCCCAGCAUAUAGUAAACACGUUAUGCCCAAGAAUCUUCGAUCGCUACAUAGCCCGAGGGACGAUAACAGAUAUGUAUCCGUUUCCAAAUCUGUAACUAGAGAUCUGGAUAAUGAAGAUAAUAUUCGCAAACAAUAUUCCCACACCUAUUACACAAAAUCAUCAUCAUGUGGAUAUUUUACAUUUACUUGCACGAUGGUGAGUAGCGCCGAAGGACGGAAAAAGGUUUGUAAACCGAAAAUGCCUACAAACCCUGAUGGAACACCAAUAAGGUGUUGA